CAGACUUAAAAUUCAAUUAAGCGACCUCUGAGCCCGUCUGAGCCCGUGGGAACAUUGGAGAUGGAACGGCAAUCUUCUCACUAUUCCCAAUUCCCCUUUUCCGAGUCUUGUUCACCGCUCAGUUCCUCUCUAAACUCGACCUGCUUUUGGAAAACCUCAUAACCUGCAAGCUGAGUUUUUCAUAAGUCGAGGCCUCAUCUCGUUCGCUUUUGGGCGCGUGCGCUAGUUUUUGUUUCGAGAAACAUCGCGAUGACGGGUGUGGAUUUGUCAAGCUGUGGAGGGUUUCGGCGCCAAAGUGCUGGCCCUUUUGAAGUGCAUUCUGCACCGGAAGGCACUCUUUCCCAUGAUUUCGACGUGAAUACGCCAAGCUUUGCUCGCAACGGAGGGGUCCACUCGCAUGCCAUGCUCCCCAUAUACCACGACUCUCGCCGGCGCUCGUCGGUCUUCUCGAAUGCCGAUCUGCUGGCGUUCAAUGACCUCCACGUCUUUCAUUCAAAGCGGGGCGAGUCUACAAGAAGGUCUUCACUCCAAUCCCAGCACGGGGAAGCCGACGACACGCACCACAGCCCAUUCAUGGUUCCCAGCUAUAUACCUACUGCGCGCAACGUAGUCAUGUCGUCGCCGACUGCUCCACAACGACGGGAAAUGCUACUGCGAAGCCCUCCGCUGCCCGCGAUUGUCCAAAGCUACCAUUUUCCUCCCAUGCCACCUCGAGCUCGAGAAUCGCAACCAUGGAAGCAUAUGUCUGGCCACUGGCAACGAGCUGGAUACUGCUCAUCUCCUCAUGCUUCUGGUAUCGACCCUACGGUCCUUCUCGUGCCCACGUUCAAGCCUCAGCCAAUGUUACCUUCGUCCCCACGCUCGAUGAGCAGCUCGCCAUUAGGCAAGCAGUACUGCAAGGAUGAGGGAACUGUCGGGCCAGCGGAGCAUGAUGGAUCUGAGGAGUCUCACUUCAUGUUGGAUGAGGGAAGCGUCUGCUCCAGUGAUGAUGAAUUCGACAGGCGUUUGGCCAUAUUGCUCUCGUCACCACCACCGCAGAGCCCAUUCUCUGAGAGCAGGACUCCGCAGCGGGAGGAAGCCGAGAUCCAGGACGAUCAGCCAGGUGAUCUCCAAUCCGACUACGCUCGCGACAUGAAGGUUCCUCUUCCCCUUCACUCUGAUGACGCCUUCACGUCGAGAAUGAAAGAACCCAUUGAAUGCGGCCAAGAUCAUCCCGCCCACCAAGCUAGGCUUUCUGAAUCGGACCUCGUCAUACCUAUCGCCAACCAGGAGGAUGUUUCGGCUGGUUCGGAUGUCUCGGAGGAAGAUUGCGGUACAACUGACGAUUGCGACUCGGAUAUGUCCACGUACUGUGGUCGCCUUCCCUUUGAUAGGAUUUGCACGAAUGUAGUCCAGUCUCUCGAAACCUCGGCGAAUGAAUGCACCAUCCUUGUCACGCAACCGUCGGCCGUUCAGAAAUCUUACGGAGAUGAGAAGCGAUUCUUCGUGUCACCUAUCUGUCGAUUGACUGGUACGGGAUGGCAUCUAGACGGUCUUACCCAUGAGGACGUUGAGAUUCGCAUCUCCACUGUACACCCAACUUUCUGCCGCAAAACUGGCCAUCUAGGUGGCUUCCAAGACAAAGAUCACUCUGCCAAAACAAAGCGUACUGGUCAAGGUGACGAUGACGACAUGGGGCGCCUAGCUUCUUCUGCAGGCCUGAAGGGAGUGCUGGAGCGCUCCGUUCAGAAGCUCGAUCGUCUCAGUCGGACCCCCACUUCUACGAACGGCCGAGGCAAAUAUGUCGUCGUUGGGGUCUUUAAUAAAGUGCACAUCGCCGAUUCUGAGAGUCGAAAAGCUGUUCCGCUGUAUUACCAGGUCAAGACUCCAACUGGACAGUUUCUGUACCAUGCCAGGCCCAUCACAAAGAUCUCCAAACCGUCCAAGAAGAAGCUGACUCAUGGAUCUCAGCUUCUCAUCACGUCGGGCUCGACAUUGACCCUAUUCAAUCGCGAGAAGAGUCAAACCGGCAUUUCGAGGUUCCUAGGCGUCGAUAUCGACACCUGCCUACCCAGGCCGUGCCCAGCGACCUCACAGUUUUUCGUUUGGGACAAUUGGGUCAUCUUCAGGGCUGAUGACCCAAGAAUGCUUGGGAGAUAUUCGCCGCCUGUAGACGUACACCGUUAUGGCAGGCUUGGCACGGAAGAAUCCGGAGAGCUUCUGUGGAAUCCGAAGAGAGCCCGUGAUAAUCUCAGCCCCUCCGCUCAAACACCCAGAGCUGAUCUCAACACAACUGGCUUGUCGCCACUAAUAGUACAUUAUGGUGACAAGAUCGUGCUGCAGCAUUGCGCCACCGGCGCGAUGCUGCGACCGAUGUGUAUCCGCAAACUCGAGAAUCGGACCAGGGCCAUUAUUGAGACCUCGGAAUAUCUUGGUGGUAACAAGGCAUCAUGCGCUGAGCCUGUAGCUCCACUGCACAAAGUUGCGUUUCAAAUCUACGAGCACACCGGACAGUAUCUGUCAGUACAGCGAGAUGAGGACGACGAAGCCUCCGUUCAAAUUCAAUGUACUUCGCUGUCUCGUGCAACCGACGGUCCCUCUUCGGCGAAGACUGGCACGCGCCGCAAACAAAGACACAACGAUGACACCGAGGAAGACGACGAUGAUGAGCGUGGUGCCACCGUUGAGCAACGCAAACGACGUAGAUGCGCCGGGCGAGCAACGAAAGUUACCAAUCGAGGAAAGCCGAGUGUCCCCAAAAUGAAAGGCGGAAAGAUGAUUGAUGAUGUUGGGGAUGCAUGCGUAUGGACUUUAGUUGCAACUGAGCAUACAGAGACGACUUUCGUCCUGCCAAAGCUGACCCGAGAAGAUCGCAAGCUACUCUCUCUCCCACUCAGUGACCCCGGCCACCAGCAUCCUCUACUUUCAGCAAUCUCGCCUGUCCCCACCAUCUACGACACCUGCAUGUCUCCGGAUACGACAAAGCUCUUUCUCUUCGGUGAAAACUUCGAUCAGAACAUCUGGGUCUUCCUUGGACGUGAGCCGGCGAAACAUUUGAAAAUCGAAAGUGACGCUCUUCUUGUCUGCUGGUUCCCGUCAAAGCUCAAGAAAAGGACGGGACGGACUGACACGCAACCUAUCUUGAUUGCGCGGGACGACGGUGUCGUUUUUCGGACCGGCAGAUGUGCUCAACUGUGAUGCGGACCCACUACUCUCACUGCCAAAGAACAAUGUGACUUGGGCGACUACAACUCUUCGUUAUGAACUCUAUACGACACUGGCGACAACCUGCACAUCUUUCUCUACUCCGCCAUGAUGAACAAUCACAAAAUCUCACACUUCGCCGUGAACAUUCAGGCAUACGGCGGCCAUAUGCGAAUCCUCUACUCUCAUUUCGCCAUGAACAUUUCAAACAUGGACAAUUUUCCUCGAUUCUAUUCCAAGGGUCGUCUCUCGAUUCCUACCUCAGCACCAAAACGCGUCCUGUAUAUAGACCCUAUUACGCUGGUGCUCACACUUGAGGCGUAUCGAGAAGUGGUUUCGUUUUUCACUGUUCCGCACUGUUUCGUCCCUUUUCUUACCAUGUCAACUUUUGUAUCUCAUCACCUCGGCAUAUGUACAUAGUUUGAAGGAUGUAAAUAUUCGAACAUUCACAAUUUCCGUUACAUACUGUAUACCGGCGUCGAUGUGCGUG